AUGGAACCAAGGAACAAUGUGACGGAGUUUGUCCUCUUGGGGCUCACUCAGAGUCUCCAUGGUCAGAGAGUAUUAUUUGUUUUAUUCUUACUCUUCUACGUCUUUACGAUGGUCGGUAACCUCCUCAUUGUGGUGACUGUGGUGGUCAGUCCAGCACUCGAUGCCCCUAUGUACUUCUUUCUUGGCUACCUAUCAUUUAUGGAUGCUUUUUAUUCUACUACAGUAACUCCAAAUAUGAUUAUAGACUUACUCUAUGAGAGAAAAACCAUUUCAUUCAAAGCUUGCCUGACCCAGCUCUUUGUAGGACACUUCUCUGGUGGUGCUGAGAUAUUGCUUCUGGUGGUCAUGGCCUAUGACCGCUAUGUGGCUAUCUGCAAACCCCUGCACUAUAUGACCAUCAUGAAUCUACGGGUAUGUGUUCUACUACUACUGUUAACAUGGAUUGGGGGAUUUCUGCAUGCCAUCGUUCUGCUUCUGUUAGUUUACAAUCUGCCCUUCUGUGGUCCCAAUGUCAUUGACCACUUCAUCUGUGACAUGUACCCCUUAUUAAAACUUGCCUGCACAGACACCUAUAUCAUUGCCCUUAUUGUGAUUGCCAAUAAUGGAGGAAUGUGUAUGGUUAUCUUUAUAAUGUUACUCAUCUCUUAUGCAGUCAUUCUGCGCUCCCUGAAGAACCUGAGUCAGGAAGGGAGGCGCAAAGCCUUGUCCACCUGUGGCUCCCACAUCACCGUGGUGCUCCUUUUCUUUUUCCCUUGUAUCUUUAUAUACGUGAGACCUCCUUUCACUUUGUCCAUUGAUAAAACAUUGGCUGUGUUCUACACCGUCGUAACUCCUAUGUUGAAUCCCCUAAUCUAUACUCUAAGAAAUGCAGAGAUGAAAAGUGUUAUGAAAAAGCUUUGGAGUAGUGAAAGAAAAUGA